AUGAACCUCUAUGUUGUGAUACUAUCAGCAUUCCUCGGAAUUACCGCCACAGCUGGUACGCAAAUAACGUGCCAUGAACCUCUAAAUUUACCUCCUGGUGCAAGACGUGUGUUCUUAGAUCGAUUCAAUGAGAUAAGAUCACAAGUUGCUCAAGGUCUAUUCGUUACGAACUCAAACGUAUACGCUCGUCGUGCAUCAAAAAUGAUAAGACUUAGUUAUAGUUGUGCUGCAGAAGGAACUGCCAGCACAGCUGUUGUAAGCUGGUGCCAAAACGCUGGCUCGUCGACACCUGGUAUUGGUGAAAUCAAAUACCAGUAUAGAGGCGCUACUGGUCGUCCGAGAGUAAUUGCGAAUGCGGUUGUUAAUGCUUGGUUGAAUGAAGGAAAGAGUGGAAGGCUGCCUCCGCCUUCUCCGGCUCCGCAAAAUAUUUACACUUCAAAUCUUGGAAUACCAAACUUUUCAAAAAUUGUUUGGGACACUCAUACAAGUGUUGGCUGCUCGUGGAAUAGAUGUCCUGCGACUAACACUCUGAACGUGGUUUGCCACUUUACUCCAGGAGGAGGUGCUCAUGGUACUCAAAUGUACAAAGUAGGGCCUCCAUGCAACCGUUGCGCAAAUGUCGGAUUGCCGACCUGUUCUGCAGGGCUCUGCAGCGCAUGA